AUGGCCGAGGGCAGGGGCGGCAGCGCCGGGCUCUUCGCCAGGCAGGUCCAGAAACGCUUCAGCCGCGCCCAGGAGAAGGUUUUGCAAAAAUUGGGCAAAACGGUGGAAACCAAAGAUGAGCAGUUCGAGCAGAGCGCCUACAACUUCCAGCUGCAGCAGAACGAGGGUCACAAACUCUACAAGGAGCUCAAGGGGUUCGUGGGAGCCGUGAGAGUGAUGCACGAGAGCUCCCGCAGAGUGGCCGAGACGCUGCAGGACAUUUACAGCCCUGAGUGGGACGGGCACGAGGAGCUCCGGGCCAUCGCCGACAGCAAUGACCUCCUGUGGGAGGACUACGAGGCCAAGUUGGUGGACCAAGCCCUGCGGCUCAUGGAGAAUUACCUGGCUCAGUUCGGCGACUUCAAGGAGCGCAUCGCCAAGCGGGGCCGAAAGCUCGUGGACUACGACAGCGCCCGGCACCACCUGGAGGCUCUGCAGAGCGCCAAGAAAAAGGACGAGGCCAAAAUCGCCAAGGCCGAGGAGGAGUUCAAUAGAGCCCAGGCGGUGUUCGAGGAGCUGAACAGGGACCUGCUGGAGGAGCUGCCCGUCCUGUACGGCAGCCGCCUCGCCUGUUACGUCACCGUUUUCCAGAACAUCUCCAACCUCCGUGACGUCUUCUACAAAGAGAUGAGCAAGCUCAACCGGGACCUGUACGAGGUGAUGAGCAAACUGGAGAAACAGCACUCGAGCAAGGUGUUCAUCAUCAAAGGUGUCCCCAGCAAUCGCCGCUCUCUGGUCAUCUCCGCCCCCGUGAGCCCCCCGGCCAUGUUCCCCUGCCCGGACAAGGCGCCCGUGCUGGACGCGGAGGUGACACCGGCGUCCCCCGGCGGGGACAGCGCCGCCACCGACACCGACACCGACAGCGCCGGCCCCGCGGAGCCGGGGGCUGUGUCCCCCGGACCCCCCCCGGCUUCCCCCGCCAGCGGCGGCUCCCUGGACACGGCCUCGGUGUCCAGCGAGGAGAGCGCGGAGCAGGGGACAGCGGUGACAGGGUCGGUGUCCAGCGAGGGGACGACGGAGCCCGGUCCCGUCCGCGACAAGGAGCCCUCGGAGCAGGCGACAUCGGUGACAGGGUCGGUGUCCACCGAGGAGCCCCCAGAGGAGGUGACAGCGGUGACAGGGUCGGUGUCCACCGAGGAGUCCCCUGAGCCCAUCUCCGACCCCGACUCUCUGUCCCCCGGUCCGGAGCCACCGGCGACAGCCGCGGAGCCGGGGGGUGACAGCGGGGCGCGGGGAGGGGUCGAGGGCAUCGCCACCUCGCUGGCGUCACUGAUUUUAUCCGAGGCCAUCGCCCAGGCCGCUGGCACGCUGUCAGCAGCGCCGGGGACAGCGGCGGGCACGGCAGGGGACAGCGCGGCCACCAGCGCCGAGGGUCGGGCGCGGCCCGCGGUGUCCCCCGCCUCAGCUGUCCCCUGCCGUGUCCCCGGCCCCGCGGCGUGUCCCCGGGAGCCGUGCCAGCUCGGCGGAGAGCGGGGACAGCGCGGGGACAGCGGGGGCAGCGCGGAGGCGGCGGAUGCCGAGCCAGAGGGCUGUUCCGGGACACCGGAGCAGGACAAGAGCCAGGACACGAGCCGGGACCCCUCAGGUGCUGCAGACCCCCCCCAGGAUCCCCCCGAGUUCCUCAGCGCCCUCUGA